AAACCGAAAAAAGUCUCGAGUUCGAACCCUCAGGCAGAUGAGGCUCGUUAGCUGGGGACAGCCACUCUUCUAGGAGAGACAACUCCAAAAUUAAACAACUGCUGCCUUGUAGUUUGUUCUUGGUUGGACUAAGGCUAUGGAAGCAAAUCCAAAAAGAAAAGCAGGCUGAAAUCGGAGUCAAUGGCGCAUAACCAGUUGACACGUAACGCUUAAUUGUGUUGGAGGCGUGGUCGAGUCGGCAAAAAGCUCAUGGUUGAUAAAUUCGAACAAAGUCUCGAGUUCAAACCCACUGGCAGAUAAAUCUCGAUCCCAUUCUAUACUAAUAAUUAAGAACGAAGAAGAAGAAGAAAGAAGUGAAUUUCCAUAUGACCAAAUAGGGAGUGAAUGACAGUAGAGAAAGUCAAAUGUACACAAACUUGGAUUACUUGGCUUGAAAAGUUUCUGGAUUCAGAGACUAAAUUAACAAUGUACCUAUUAAAAGCUGACAGUAUGUUUAAAGCAGAUGAAGUAGAGUUCAACUGUUCCUGCGACAUCUGCAUAUAAAGUAAUUUCGUGCUCAGUAUGUAUUCCUUAAAGAUUUCCUUACUAGAAUCCAGUAAUCAUUAAAGCUGGGUGAACUCAGGAACAUGCAAGUACCUUGAACCCAGGAACUAACCCUACCCACACUCUCCCGCUGAAGCUUGAGAAACAAAGCUACAGCGCCCCUCAUUGCUCUAAAAGCCAUUACUGUAUAGAUAAAUAUAAUUCAUCAACUGAACAUGAUUUAGAAUAUAAUGAGAAAAAAAAGUUUGAACCUUUUGCUGUUUGUUAACAUUUUACCUUUUCAGCACUGGAUACUUGACCUUUCAUUUCAUUGCAGGUGUAGAGUACUACAGGAUGUCCACUCAAGGCAACCCUGAAAUGGGGCCGAUGGCACCUGGCACUGUCAUGGUGGACAGUUACGGGAAUUACACAAGCGUUGGACCGAUGAUGUGUGGCGACGCCUACAUCAACAGCGGAUACGGAUGCGUGGCACCCGGAUACAGCGAGGUCACCAUGACCCCAGGUGUGAGUGGUGGUGAGAGCGAUAAAAUUGUUUCUAAAACUGUUCCGUCAGACAAGUGUGGGAGGGCUGGCUUGUUUAACACCAGCGCCCUGCGACCUUCUGACCUACGACCUUCUGACCUCUCGGGCGGCAGGUCUUAUCUGAGUGAUAAAGUUGUGGGUUGUGAUAAAAUUUCAGCCACGGUUGAGGAUAAGAGUAAGCUGGAGGACAGCGGUAAAGAAAGUGUUGGUCAAGCGGAGGAGGGAGGUAAAGAGGGUAAGGCUAAAGAGGAUGAGGAGGACAACGACAGCGAGGGCAUGGACGUCGGCAGCGACGGCGACAGUGGCUGCCCUAGCGAAUGCGCUGACCUCUCACCCGUCAGUGGCCCAGAUUCUUUCUCCUCCUCCGAGCUGGUGCACUCGGAUGGAGGGGAAACAGCUUCAGUGACUGAACAGUCGGCUGCUGAGAGCAGCAAGCCGAAAGGCAAGCGCCGGUAUUACAUGUACGGGAACCACAAGCUGGUCAAACCCAUUAAAGAGAUCCCGCUGCGGUUUCAAAUUCUUUUAGCGGAGACCAGCGCGGCCAAAGCUAGGUGCGAAGGCCAGCCAAUUUACAUGCAGCACCACCCCCAGCCUCAGCCCAUGUACGACAUUGUGUACUACCACGCCAACGACGACUCGCAGGUUACGCUUAACGCUAACGCUUCUUGUUUUGUCCCUAACCCCGAUGGUGGCGGUGUAGAUGCUAGCGCUAACCCUUACCUGCCUGAAUGCUACCCCGCUUACUGCCCGGUGUCCGGGUACCCCGGUGCAGGUGCCACUAACACCCCCUCCAACUCUCACGCUAUGCCGCCUGCGCAUGUCUUUGUGCCCCCACUGCCCCCCGCGUCCAUCCCGCCCCACUCCCCAGGUUCUCAGAACUGCCAGACAAUUAUUGUUUACUCAUCUCAAACUACCAACCCUCCCUCACAACCCCCUGCAACCCAGCAUGUUCACACAAUCAGCAUGCCUCCCCCUUUUCCCCCUCCCUCGUCAUUACCCCCACCCCCAAUAGACAUGUCCUCUAACAAUUCUCCGCCUGUAUCCAACCAAGCAGGUCGACCCAUCCAGGUCAAUCACGGCCAGACCAAAACAACUUCUACGUAUGUUGAACAGCAUAUCAAAACAUACAACCAGCCUCAGCCCCCAAACAAAUCCCUCCCCAUUCCGUUAAACAUCCCUCCCCCAAACAUCCACCCCAGCUCAUCAAACCACUCGGCCCCGCCCGUCUCCAUGUCCCCCUCCCUGACCUACACCAUGGCCCCCAACUACAGCAGCCCUACUUACAUGACCAUGCAGCCUAAAGUGGGUUUCCCCCCUCAGGGCUCACCUGUCCAACCCCUCCCCUCCACCCCCACCAGCCAGCCCCCGGCCCCCAGCUACCCUGUCCCCCCAGGUAACCAGUACAUGUAUGUUUACACCUCUCCUCCCGCAGGUCAGCCAGCCACACAACCACAUGUGGUGUACAUGGUAAGCCCUAGCUACCCCUCUUCACAGAGCUUCCAACAGCAAGGUGUCCUAGUCCCACCCACCUGUCCUGUUCCUGUUCAGUGAAGACCAGACAGAAUGAAAGUGAUAAACAAGUGAUACACAAGCUAAAAAAAAAAAAAAAAUAGAACAUCCUUCAAAGUGAUACAUCUAUUUAUAGCCCUUUAUCAACCUGUAAUAUAACGUUCUAAUUUAAAACAAACCUGUGCUGAAUGUGAUAUCUAUCAUUGCACUUUUAAACUACCUGCUAGAGUCACUUCUUUUUUCAACUUUUUGAGCCUUAACAUAAACAAUAUUAUGACCCCACUCAAUCUGACUCCGGAACUAAUCCUCUACGCUUUUUGCCUGCUUUUCUUUUCUUCUCUUUUAAAAAAAAAUUAUAACCUUUUUUUUUCUAAUUUAAAACCUUCAUAUGGUGAUGGUUUUUUUUUAAACACCUUUUAUUCUGCAUUGCAUGAGGUUGAUUAGGUUUUACUUUUUAACAAACCAAAAGUUCUCUGAACUAGAAUUUGACAACUUGUAUCUUAAAAUAUUAGAUUCUCUAUAGUGAAACAAAAAAAUUAAAAGUCAGAGGACUUGCAUUAUUGAAUCUUGCAAAGUAGCUUAAAAUUAUUAUUUUUUAAAUAUCUAAAACUAUCAUAACCAUAUGCACUACUCUUAAGAUGCAUAAAAGGUGGUCAUUUCACUAAUUAUCUUGCAAUUAACAGACUGACCCCUAUGUUUAAAGUACAAUUAAUUACUUAUAUAAAUACAGUAUUACUUUCUGCUUCAGUGCUUGAAAUGUAUAUGAACUAGAGAACUGUACCCAUUUUGUCUUUGAAUGUUUGUUUUUUCUGCUUGCUUGACUUGUUUUAGAAAUAGUUAACACACCCUGACAGUUCAGUGUAUUACAAUUAAUUUGUACCCAAUUAA